CGCUUCUCGGUGCAAAUGGAAAAUAUUAUACGGGUGCUAAUGUUGAAAAUUCUUCCUAUGGUGGAUCCAUCUGUGCAGAACGCGUCGCAAUUACUAAAGCAGUCAGCGAAGGGCAAAGAAAAUUUAUUGCAAUGAGUGUGAGCGGCGACACUUUGGGAAAUUUUGUAAGACCUUGCGGCAUAUGUCGACAAUUUAUCAGUGAAUUCGCAACUGAUCUCCCAAUAUACCUCACUAACCAAGAUGGAAAGUACAUUGUUGAUAAUAUAAAAAACUUAUUGCCAGAGCCUUUUGGAAGUAGUGAUUUGAAAUAA